AUGAUUGGUCAUCAUGAACAGAGUAUCCGAAUUCUGUUUGAGAGCAACCACGCCCUGGCACAGCAAGUAUCGCAACUAACCUCCCAAGUUUCUGCCCUACUGUCUCUUCAGUCACCUGUCCCUGCUGCUUCUACUCUGGCUUCGGCCUCUGCUCCCUCCCUGGAGUCUCGGUGUUCAGACCCUGAACCAUACUCUGCCUCUACCACUACAACCAAGCCCUCGUGCGCCCCCAUCUACGCCUCUCCCUGUGGAGGAACCCAUGCAAUUGGGCCGAGCACGGCUUACACCAGAGGAGCGCCAACAACGACGCCGCCAGGCGGACGGAACCGCUACAGCAAACCAACUCAGGUUCGGAAGAGCGUGCCUCAUCCUCCACGACGCACGAACCCCUGUCCGGCCGCAGCCGCAGCCACGCGCCCUCUCCCCCGCGGACCAGCACCAUUUCACCAGAUCUAUGGCAUUCUGACAAUGAACAAGCGCACUCAAUUUUUGGAACAGCUGCAGUAUGUCCAGUUGAAAUGCGCACCUCGAGACAUGCCUUGUGUGCAGGCUCAGUACGGGCCCGCCCCUCCAGGCUCCGCCUACUCUGGCCAGUCCUUUGGUUACCAGAGUGACAGUUAUGGCUCUGACCUCAUGACCCCGGACUACACCAAGCUAGACCUGGGAGGAGGCGAGAUCUCUGCCGCCGCAACCACAUCCCUGCCCAGCUUCAACGUGUUUGUGGAGGGCAGUUACGAGCUGCCCAAGUCCUCCUGUUUAUACCAGAUGCCCUCUCAUCGUCCUACCAUCAAGAAGGAAGAGGAGAGUUACCCCACAGCGCCCCCUCUGGAGGCCAUGUCCUCCGCUAACAUGUACUUUAAACCAUCGCCGCCCUCCACGCCCACCACACCCUCCAUGCCUCCGCAGCCCGGUGCCUUCCUGUGGGAGGAGCACUCUCUGGCUCCGCCCCCUCACCCUCAUGUCCUGGGCUCCGGUCUGGACAGCAACGUUCUCAAGUCCCCUCGCUUCUCACACUUCUACCAGCACUCCCCGCCCCACAGCGGCAGCAGUGUGGGAGGCUAUGACAGUUUGGGUGGGGGUCUGGUCCGAACCUCUUCCUCCUCAUCCUCCUCUUCAUCAUCUGUAUCGCACCCUCACGGCUCAGCCUUAGAGCAGCCCAUGUACCAGCUGCACCGUGGGGCAGGGGCCGGCAGCCUGGCCUUCCGCUCCCUGGCUCUGGGGCCGUGUGGGCCCCUUCUGGCAGACAGCCUCCCCUCUCCUCCGCCGCGGGGCCCUCAAGGGGAGGGCACCUGUGCCGUGUGUGGGGACAAUGCGGCCUGUCAGCACUAUGGCGUGCGCACCUGUGAAGGCUGCAAGGGCUUCUUCAAGCGCACCGUGCAGAAAAAUGCCAAGUAUGUAUGCCUGGCCAGUAAAAACUGUCCUGUGGACAAAAGAAGACGCAACCGCUGUCAAUACUGCCGUUUCCAGAAAUGUCUGAGUGUUGGCAUGGUCAAAGAAGUUGUACGCACAGAUAGCCUAAAGGGGCGCAGAGGUCGCCUGCCUUCCAAACCAAAGAGCCCUCUGCAGACAGAAGCCUCCCCUCCCUCUCCUCCUCUGAGCUUGCUGUCUGCUCUGCUCAGGGCCUUCUCUCACUGUACACCCCGCGACCUGGACUACAGCCAGUUCAGUGCCGCAGAUCCUCCCUCCUCCUCGUCAGAUGCAGAGCACAUCCAUCUCUUCUACCGGCUGCUCACCCUGUCCAUGGAGACCACGCGCUGCUGGGCUGAGCGCCUGCCCGGCUUCUCCGAGCUCCAGAGAGACGACCAGAACCUGCUCAUAGACUCGGCCUUCCUAGAGCUGUUUGUGCUUCGACUGGCUCACAGGUCCAUGUUGUCGGACGAUAAGCUGGUGUUCUGCAAUGGGCUGGUGCUGCACAGGUUCCAGUGUCUUCGAGGCUUCGGCGAGUGGGUGGACUCAAUACGGGACUUUUCCUCUCGCCUCCAGAGUCUGAACCUGGACAGCUCGGCCUUCGCCUGCUUGUCUGCCCUGGUGCUGCUCACAGAGCAGGUCCCAGGCCUCAAAGACCCAAAGCGUGUGGAGGAGCUGCACAGUAAAGUCAUGUGUUGCCUGAGUGAACACCUGAGCUGCGGUCCUUCGUUGGGCUCCAAGUCGUCGGGCGCGUUGAGCCGCGUGCUCAGCCUGCGCGCCGAGCUGCGCUCACAGCGGACACAGGGGCUGCAGCGCAUCUUCUACCUGAAACUGGAGGACCUGGUCCCGCCCCCACCUUUGAUUGACAGGUUUCUGGACACCCUGCCUUACUGA